CACCGCUGACGCUCAGCUGCGUGGCGGAGACAGCUCAAACCAAGGGCUGGAGCUGCUGUAUUUACGUAGACUGGGCCAUUCAAACGCUGUAUUCACAUCUCAAGCCUCAUAUGCCAUCUCAAAGACGGUGCAGAAUCUCCUGUCUGAGGUGCAAUGGCUAGAAAGACAGACAUUCCUCCUUCAUACUAUGGUGAGCCACGCAACUUUGACCCGAGCUUCAGAGGACCUAUCCAUAACAGGGCCUGCACGGAUGUGUUGUGCUGUGUCAUCUUCGUCAUCGUCAUCCUCGGCUACAUCGCUCUGGGCACCGUGGCCUGGAUCCAUGGCGACACCAGGAAGGUGGUCUACCCCACCGACAGCCACGGACAGUUCUGUGGACAGCAGGGGACCCCCAACGCCAACAAAGCCAUAUUAUUCUACUUCAACAUAUUGCAAUGUGCCAAUCCUGCCGUUCUCAUUAACCUCCAGUGCCCUACAACCCAACUCUGUGUCUCCAAGUGCCCAGACAGAUUUGCCACAUACCUAGACAUGCAGUACAACUACAGGUACAACAACAGCUACUGGGAGUAUUACAGGCAGUUCUGCAAGCCGGGCUUCGACAAUCCUAGAAAGUCAGUUGCACAUGUCUUGAGAGAUGAGGACUGCCCAUCUAUGAUAGUGCCAAGCAGACCUUUCCUUCAGAGGUGCUUCCCUGACUUUAUCACCAGGAACGGGACGCUAACUGUCGCCAACAAGACAGACUUUAAAGAUGGGUUAGGUAAAACGAGGAGCGUGAUCGAUCUCAGGGACGCUGCCAAUGGCAUUACCAGUCUGCUAGAUGCCAAGGAGGUUGGCAUGAAGAUAUUUGAGGAUUACGCCAGCUCCUGGUACUGGAUCUUACUAGGUCUGGUGAUAACCAUGGUGGUCAGCCUGGCUUUUAUCCUGCUGCUACGGUUCACAGCCGGAGUUCUCCUGUGGCUCAUCAUCUUUGGAGUCAUCGCUGUGGUGGGCUAUGGGAUCUGGCACUGCUACUGGGAGUUCAGUACACUGAGAGGGAAGCCACACAGUGAUGGUGAUGUUACCAUCUCUGACAUCGGCUUUCAGACGGACUUCAGGGUUUACCUGCAGCUCAGUCAAACCUGGCUCAUCUUGAUGAUCUCCCUAUCAGUCAUUGAGGCGGUCAUCAUAGUAAUCCUGAUAUUCCUGAGGAGAAGAGUACGUAUCGCCAUCGCUCUGCUGAAGGAGGGGAGCAGGGCCAUUGGUUACAUCAUGUCCACUCUCUUCUACCCGAUCAUCACUUUUGUGCUGCUGGCCAUCUGCAUAGCGUACUGGGCAGUUAUUGCUGUCUUCUUAGCGUCAUCUGGUGAUGCUGUCUACAAGGUCAUGUCGACGCAGGACAAAUGCAUGUAUGCCAACCUCACCUGUGAUCCAGAGAUGUUCAGUCAGACCAACGUGACCAUGGUGUGCCCAGGCUCCCAGUGCACCUUUGCCUUCUACGGCGGCGAGAGCCUCUACCACCACUACAUCUUUGUGCUGCAGCUGUGCAACCUGCUGGUGUUCCUGUGGCUGGUCAACUUUACCAUCGCCCUGGGACAGUGCACCCUGGCCGGGGCCUUCGCUUCCUACUACUGGGCCCUGAGGAAGCCCCAAGACAUACCAUCAUGCCCCUUGUUUUCCUCCUUUAGCAGGGCUGUACGGUACCACACAGGCUCUCUGGCAUUUGGCUCUCUGAUCCUGGCCUUUGUGCAGAUGUUUCGCAUCGUUCUAGAGUAUCUGGAUCACAAACUCAAAGGUGCUCACAAUGCUUUUGCCCGCUUCCUGAUUUGCUGUCUCAAAUGCUGCUUCUGGUGCCUGGAACAUUUCAUCAAGUUCAUGAACAGGAACGCCUACAUCAUGAUGGCGAUAUAUGGAAAGAGCUUCUGCACUUCGGCCAAAGAUGCUUUCUUCCUCCUGAUGAGGAACGUAGUAAGGUGUCUCCUCUGUAGGGUGGCAGUGCUGGAUAAGGUGACAGACUUUCUCCUCUUCUUGGGAAAAGUGCUUAUUUCAGGGAGUGUUGGUGUUCUAGCAUUCUUCUUCUUCACCCGUAAGAUUCCAGUUAUUCAAGAGGAGGUGCCAUCACUAAAUUACUACUGGGUCCCCCUACUGACUGUGAUAUUUGGAUCCUACCUGAUCGCCCAUGGCUUCUUCAACGUCUAUGCUAUGUGUGUGGACACCUUAUUCCUUUGUUUCUUGGUGGAUCUGGAGGUGAACAACGGCUCUGCAGCCAGACCCUUCUACAUGAGCAGAACCCUGAGACACAUCCUCAACAAGAACACCAACAAGAGGAGGAAAGACAAGAGAUAGACGAGAGAAGAAGAGGAAUGGAUACAGGGUGACUGGAGGAGUAUGGAUAGACAGAGGCAGGGAAGGUGAUAGGGAAGACAACUGUGUAGGAUCAAGUAGAGAUGGAGGUAAAUACUAAUUCAGGUCCAUAUUGGACACAGACUAUCGCACUGUAGCAUUCACUUCUGUCAUCAUGAAGUGCUUAGGGAGACUAGUCAAUGAUCACACCACUGCCACCUUACCUGCCACCCAAGACCCACUUCAGUUUGCAUACCGCCCCAACAGGUCCACAGAUGAUGCAAUCGCCAUCACACUGCACACUGCCCUAUCCUAUCUGUGCAAGAGGAAUACCUAUGUAAGAAUGCUGUUCAUUGAGUACAGCUCAGCACCAUAGUACCCUCCAAGCUCAUCAUUAAGCUUAUUAAGGCCCUGGGUCUCAACCCCACCCUGUGCAAUUGGGUCUUGGACUUUCUGACGGGCCACCCCUAGGUGGUGAAGGUAGGAAACAACAUCUCCACUUCGCUAAUCCUCAACACUGGGGCACUCGAAGUGUAGUGUCAGGAAAACAGCCUCUCACUCAACAAAACAAAGGAAAUGAUCGUGGACUUCAGGAAACAGCAGAGGGAGCACCCCCCUAUCCACAUCGACGAGACAGUAGUGGAGAAGGUGGAAAGCUUUAAGUUCCUUGGCGUACACAUCACUAACUGACCUAAGACAGGGAAUUUUUACUUGGAUUAAAUGUCAGGAAUUGUGAAAACGUGAGUUUAAAUGUAUUUGGCUAAGGUGUGUGUAAACUUCCGACUUCAACUGUAUGUAAUAUUGGAAUUUAUUAUCUUUCCAUACAGUACUUUAUGUACUAACAAAACAUAACCUUAAAGAGUUUCUCCAGUCAUUUUGUAUACUUUUUAGACAGUUGUUCUGAAAGUAGUGCUCCCGAGCCAAAAGUGGUCCUCAAAAAUUGGCAUUAUAAAUGGCAUAUAUUAUUAUAAACUCAGCAAAAAAAGAAAUGUCACUUUUUCAGUCAGGACCAUUUCUUUCAAAAAUAAUUUGUAAAAAUCCAAAUAACUUCAUAGAUCUUCAUUGUAAAGGGUUUAAACACUGUUUCCCAUGCUUGUUCAAUGAACCAUAAAUAAUUAAUGAACAUGCACCUGUGGAAUGGUCGUUAAGACACUAACAGUUUACAAUUAAGGUCACAGUUAUGAAAACUUUGGACACUAAAGAGGCCUUUCUACUGACUCUGGAAAACACCAAACGAAAGAUGCCCAGGGUCCCUGCUCAUCUGCGUGAACGUGCCUUAUGCAUGCUGCAAGGAGGCAUGAGGACUGCAGAUGUGGCCAAGGCAAUAAAUUGCAAUGUCCUUACUGUGAGACGCCUAAGACAGCGCUACAGGGAGACAAAGUACAGCUGAUUGUCCUCGCAGUGGCAGACCACGUGUAACAACACCUGCACAGGAUCGGUACAUCUGAACAUUACACCUGCGGGACAGGUACAGGAUGGCAACAACAACUGCCAGAGUUACACCAGGAACACACAAUCCCUCCAUCAGUACUCAGACUGUCCCCAAUAGGCUGAGAGAGGCUGGACUGAGGGCUUAUAGGCCUGUUGUAAGGCAGGUCCUCACCAGACAUCACUGGCAACAACAUUGCCUUUGGGCACAAACCCUGUCAAAAAGUGCUCUUCACUGACGAGUCGCGUUUUUGUCUCAAAGGGUGAUGGUCGGAUUUGUGUUUAUCGUUGAAGGAAUGAGCAUUACACAGAGGACACAUUAUUCCAUUUAUGUCAGUCACAUGUCUGUGGAACUUGUUCAGUUUAUGUCUCAGUAUGUUCAUACAAAUAUUUACACUUGUUAAGUUUGCUGAAAAUAAACGCAGUUGACAGUGAGAAGACGUUUCUUUUUUUGCUGAGUUUAUUAUUUCAAAAAUGCGUAGUACGUCACGUGCAGAUUUGUGCACCACGUCAUUGCUCUCUGCUGUGGAUGCAUCAUCUGCCUCUUGCUAGCUGUCACUAAUAUGGCGAGGGGCUGAAGCUCAUUGGUUGAACUCCACUUACUAGGUGGCUGGCCCACAUGGGGGAAAACAACUAGAGAUUUUGUGUGUAACUGAGCUAAAACCGUACUUAUAUAUUGUGCAUGCAUUCAAAUUGACACAUUCAGCCCAAAGCGGGAGGUUUAAAAAAUGCUUAGUAUAUGUCAAAGUUCCAGAGCAUGUCUUUAAAUGCACAAUAAUAACAGUAUGGUUAGCAUAACUGUGACCAAAUCAUGCAUUUAAAGGCAACUGCAAGACAUUGUUGAUUUUACCAAUGUACUGUACAGCACUUACUUGAGUGAAAAAUCAAGUAUAUAAAUUUUAUAACAAUAUGUUGCUUCACAUAUUACCCAGCAGGCACUUGUAACUCUGUAUGCAGUGACUCAAACCAGUCACAUGGUGGUACUACAAAUAUUCAGAAACCUCCCAAAAGGUUACACCAAGACAACUGAUUGAACGGCUGCUCUGGUUAAUACUGUACAUGAAAUGCCCAUAAUUCCCAUGGAUAAUUAUGUAUAAUUAUGCUCUUCAAGCUCCUUGGAGCACUAACUUUUAUUUUCUCAUAUUGAGAGAGCUAUUUUCCAUGCAUUGUCCAUUGGGCUCAUUAGUUUGUCUCAACCCUCUUAACUUUUCCAAUUGUGAGUAUGUAAUAGCCCUACAAUUUAAAGGUGUUUCAGUAGGUGUCAAGCCUUUGAGGACCCAUGCCUUGUUCAUAGCAUUCUAACCACAAUUGACCAUAAAUCUCACUGAUGAAGUCACAAAUGAGUCAUGUUUGGCCCCUGUCCCUCUGGUGUGCCAUUCAAGGUUUUUUGCUUGAAGGUCUUUGUCCCUUGCUUUCUUUGUGCAGCAGCACUGUGGAGACCGAUAAUGUGCCCUCGCUGUGUCUGUCACACCGUUGCAUCACUGUCAAUAUCACACCACAUCCUCCUUCACCAUACUGUAGCACAACAUGCCCAUAUAUGCACAAGCCAUACCAUGUUUGUCAUUGACAUCCGACCUGUGUAAAGGCACAACAAAGAUUAAAAUACAGAUGAAAUCUAUUUUAUAUUCGUGCUGGUUAUAGAAUGUCAUGGAAGGUCCCCAUCGAACCACCAAGACUUCCUAGAGCUGGCUGCCCGGCCAAACUGAGCAAUCGGGGGAGAAGGGCCUUGGUCAGGAAGGUG